AAUAGGCUUAAAUAGUUACAUCUAAUGAAUUAAUAAAGUAAAUAAUAGUCCAGCUCGUCUUCAUAAUCCCUAGCGUUUUUCUUCAGUGUAAUUCACCAAAACCCUACUCUCCCCGUUUCUCUCUCUUCCAUUGUCGCCUGCAACUAUGUCGAGGAAUAGAAAGACCAGAGAGCCUAAGGAAGAGACUAUAACUCUCGGUCCAGCUGUUAGAGAGGGAGAGCAUGUUUUUGGCGUUGCUCACAUUUUCGCCUCUUUCAAUGAUACCUUCAUCCAUGUCACUGAUUUGUCCGGGAGAGAAACCCUUGUUCGUAUCACAGGUGGGAUGAAGGUUAAAGCUGACAGGGAUGAGUCUUCUCCUUAUGCUGCUAUGCUUGCUGCCCAAGAUGUUUCAACACGUUGCAAGGAACUUGGCAUCACUGCUCUCCAUAUCAAGCUCCGUGCUACUGGAGGAAACAAGACUAAGACUCCUGGGCCAGGUGCUCAGUCUGCACUUAGAGCCCUUGCUCGUUCAGGCAUGAAAAUUGGCCGUAUUGAGGAUGUGACCCCCAUCCCAACCGAUAGUACUCGCCGAAAGGGAGGAAGAAGGGGAAGGAGGCUGUGAAUUUUCUUCUUCCAUCAGUGCUCAUGUGGUGUUAUUACUAUGGAUUUUUUAGUCUAGUAACUGUUGAAACCUUUUUUCUUCUUUUUGAAGUCAGAACUUGUGUUUUGGAGUUUCAUUAAGAAUUAUGAUAUUCUGUUUAAGAGAUGCAAUUUUGAUGGUUCGGAUCUCUUAAAUAAGAACCAGGGUUGCAACAAUUGUAAUUAACAUCGACAUAAAAGAAGUAAUGAAGUCGAUAAAUGAACCAGAGUAACCGAAUUCUAAAGAAGCAUCAUUAAUAUUUACGGAUAUUUCAUGAAA